GGCAGUAGCUGGAUCAGAAUGCCGAUUGGAAGAAGUGCUAAAAUGGUACAAUAUGUGGAUUACAGGAUGAGAUGUGUGCUCCAAGACGGCCGUGUUUUCAUUGGCUUUCUCAAAGCUUUCGACCGACACAUGAACCUCAUUCUGUGCGACUGUGAUGAAUUCAGAAGGUUAAAGUCGAAAAGCUCCAAGCAAGGUGAAAGAGAAGAAAGACGGGCCCUUGGCCUUGUGUUGCUUCGAGGGGAAUCACUUGUGACGAUGACUGUGGAAGGGCCUCCGGUCAGAGAUGUUGGCAUUUCAAGAGUCCCUGUAGGUGGCGCUGGUGUUGGUAGAGCAGCAGGGAGAGGGAUGCCACCCAGCAUACCAAUGGCUCAGGUACCUGCAGGACUAAUGGGACCAGUAAGAGGUGUUGGAGGUCCUUCCCAGCAGGAAAUGGCCCCUCAGACAAGAGGAACUGGAAUUGCAUCUACUCCUAGCUUUUCUGCUAUCCCACAACCUUAUGGACCAAUCCGGGGAGCUCCUCCAGUUCUUGGUGAGCCGAGGCCAGGCUUUAUGAGACCACCGCCAGGCAUGAGACUUCCAUUUGCACCACCAACAAUUGGGAUGCCUUCAGGCAGAGUAACUCCCAUGGGAGUUCCUCCAGGAAUGAGACCGCCAAUGAUGCCAAGGAUGAGAGGUCCUCCAGGAACUAGAACACAUCCUCCAAAACCUUAA